GUUUCUAUUGUGGGAUAGUUCUCUAAAAAUGGCUCAGAGGACUUUGCAAGAAGACCCUGAGAGGUACCUCUUUGUGGACAGAGCAGUAAUCUACAACCCUGCUACCCAGGCUGACUGGACUGCUAAAAAAUUAGUCUGGAUUCCAUCAGAACGUCAUGGCUUUGAAGCUGCCAGCAUCAAAGAAGAGAGGGGAGAUGAAGUGUUGGUUGAACUGGCUGAGAAUGGAAAGAAAGCAGUUGUCAACAAAGAUGAUAUUCAAAAAAUGAAUCCUCCCAAGUUUUCUAAAGUAGAAGACAUGGCAGAAUUGACCUGCUUAAAUGAAGCCUCUGUUCUUCAUAAUUUGAAGGACCGAUACUAUUCUGGGCUCAUUUAUACCUACUCUGGACUCUUCUGUGUAGUCAUAAAUCCAUACAAGAACCUUCCAAUUUACUCUGAAAAUAUCAUUGAGAUGUACAGGGGAAAGAAACGCCAUGAGAUGCCUCCACACAUUUAUGCAAUAUCAGAAUCUGCAUAUAGAUGCAUGUUGCAAGAUCGUGAGGACCAAUCAAUUCUUUGCACAGGUGAAUCAGGUGCUGGGAAAACAGAAAAUACCAAGAAAGUUAUUCAGUAUCUUGCACAUGUUGCUUCAUCACAUAAAGGAAGAAAGGAUCACAAUAUUCCUAGUGGAUCCCCGUUGUAUGGUGAACUAGAACGCCAACUUCUACAAGCCAAUCCUAUUCUGGAAUCCUUUGGAAAUGCAAAGACUGUGAAAAACGAUAAUUCCUCCCGUUUUGGCAAGUUCAUCAGAAUAAAUUUUGAUGUUACUGGCUAUAUUGUUGGGGCCAACAUUGAAACAUAUUUAUUAGAAAAGUCACGUGCAGUUCGUCAAGCCAAAGAUGAACGGACUUUUCACAUUUUCUAUCAGCUUCUAGCUGGGGCUGGUGAACAUUUGAAAGCUGACUUGCUCCUUGAAGGGUUUAACAACUACCGAUUUCUGUCCAAUGGCUACAUACCCAUUCCUGGCCAGCAAGAUAAAGAUAAUUUCCAAGAGACAAUGGAGGCCAUGCAUAUCAUGGGCUUUUCUCAUGAUGAAAUACUAGCUAUGUUGAAAGUGGUAUCCUCAGUACUACAGUUUGGGAAUAUUUCCUUCAAAAAAGAGAGAAAUACCGAUCAGGCAUCUAUGCCAGAAAAUACAGUUGCACAGAAGCUCUGCCACCUGUUGGGAAUGAAUGUAAUGGAAUUUACUCGAGCAAUACUCACUCCACGCAUUAAAGUUGGCAGGGACUAUGUCCAGAAAGCACAAACCAAAGAACAAGCAGAUUUUGCUGUAGAGGCAUUAGCAAAAGCUACAUAUGAACGUCUUUUCCGUUGGCUUGUUCACCGUAUUAAUAAAGCUCUGGAUAGAACUAAACGGCAGGGGGCUUCCUUCAUUGGCAUCUUGGAUAUUGCUGGAUUUGAAAUCUUUGAGUUAAACUCUUUUGAACAACUGUGUAUCAACUACACCAAUGAGAAACUGCAGCAGUUAUUCAACCAUACCAUGUUUAUCUUGGAACAAGAAGAAUAUCAAAGGGAGGGCAUAGAAUGGAAUUUUAUUGACUUUGGACUGGAUCUACAACCCUGCAUUGAUUUAAUUGAACGACCUGCAAACCCUCCAGGUGUAUUGGCUUUGCUGGAUGAGGAAUGCUGGUUCCCUAAAGCAACUGACAAGACUUUUGUAGAAAAACUGGUCCAAGAGCAAGGUACUCAUUCCAAGUUCCAAAAACCUCGGCAGCUGAAGGACAAGGCAGACUUCUGCAUUAUCCAUUAUGCAGGAAGGGUGGAUUACAAGGCAGAUGAAUGGCUAAUGAAAAAUAUGGACCCACUGAAUGACAACGUGGCUACUCUUCUGCACCAGUCUUCUGACAGAUUUGUUGCAGAACUUUGGAAAGAUGUGGACCGUAUUGUGGGUUUAGAUCAAGUCACUGGAAUAACAGAGACUGCAUUUGGCUCAGCUUACAAGACCAAGAAGGGGAUGUUCCGUACAGUAGGGCAGUUAUACAAAGAAUCACUCACCAAACUGAUGGCCACACUUCGUAAUACUAACCCAAAUUUUGUUCGCUGCAUCAUUCCCAAUCAUGAAAAGAGGGCUGGAAAGCUGGAUCCCCAUCUUGUUCUAGAUCAGCUCCGUUGUAAUGGUGUUCUCGAAGGAAUACGGAUUUGUCGACAAGGAUUUCCAAACAGGAUAGUGUUCCAAGAAUUUAGACAGAGGUAUGAGAUCUUGACUCCAAAUGCAAUUCCUAAGGGUUUUAUGGACGGAAAGCAAGCUUGUGAGAGAAUGAUCAGAGCACUGGAGUUGGACCCCAAUUUGUAUAGAAUUGGUCAGAGCAAGAUUUUUUUCCGAGCUGGUGUUUUGGCACAUCUAGAAGAAGAAAGAGAUCUGAAGAUAACAGACAUCAUUAUAUUCUUCCAAGCAGUCUGUAGAGGAUACUUGGCCAGAAAAGCCUUUGCUAAGAAGCAGCAGCAACUGAGUGCAUUAAAAGUUUUACAAAGAAACUGUGCUGCAUAUUUGAAGCUAAGGCACUGGCAGUGGUGGAGAGUAUUCACAAAGGUGAAACCUCUGCUUCAGGUUACUCGUCAGGAGGAAGAACUUCAGGCCAAAGAUGAGGAACUGGUAAAGGUGAAAGAGAAACAGAUUAAGGUGGAAGCAGAACUAGAAGAGAUGGAAAGAAAACAUCAGCAGUUGUUAGAAGAGAAGAACAUUCUUGCAGAACAGUUGCAAGCAGAGACAGAACUCUUUGCUGAAGCUGAAGAGAUGAGAGCUCGCCUGGCUGCCAAGAAGCAAGAGUUAGAAGAAAUUCUGCAUGAUUUAGAAUCCAGGGUAGAAGAGGAAGAAGAACGGAACCAAGUGCUUCAGAAUGAAAAGAAAAAAAUGCAGGCACACAUACAGGAUCUAGAGGAGCAACUUGACGAGGAAGAAGGAGCUCGACAGAAGCUGCAGCUUGAGAAGGUAACAGCUGAAGCGAAAAUAAAGAAAAUGGAGGAAGAAAUCUUAUUAUUGGAGGACCAGAACUCCAAAUUUCUUAAGGAAAAGAAAUUAAUGGAGGAUAGAAUUGCAGAAUGUACUUCACAGCUGGCUGAAGAAGAAGAAAAAGCCAAAAAUUUAGCAAAGCUGAAGAACAAACAGGAAAUGAUGAUCACAGAUCUGGAAGAGCGCUUAAAAAAAGAAGAAAAAACUCGCCAAGAGCUAGAAAAAGCUAAAAGGAAACUUGAUGGAGAAACCACCGAUUUACAAGACCAAAUUGCAGAACUGCAAGCCCAAAUAGAGGAAUUAAAAAUCCAACUUGCCAAGAAAGAGGAAGAGCUGCAGGCUGCCCUUGCCAGAGGGGAUGAAGAAGUGAUGCAAAAAAACAAUGCGCUGAAACUAAUCCGGGAACUGCAAGCCCAGAUUGCAGAAUUGCAAGAGGAUCUUGAAUCAGAAAAGGCUUCGCGCAAUAAGGCAGAGAAGCAGAAGAGAGACCUGAGUGAGGAGUUAGAAGCACUGAAGACAGAGCUGGAAGACACCUUGGACACUACUGCAGCUCAGCAAGAACUCAGGACAAAGCGUGAGCAGGAAGUUGCUGAACUGAAGAAAGCACUUGAGGAAGAAACAAAGAAUCACGAAGCCCAAAUUCAGGAUAUUAGGCAGAGGCAUGCAACAGCCUUGGAAGAGCUCUCAGAACAGCUUGAGCAGGCCAAAAGAUUCAAGGCAAAUCUUGAAAAGAACAAACAGUGUUUGGAAACAGAUAACAAAGAGCUGGCCUGUGAGGUGAAAGUUUUGCAGCAGGUUAGAUCUGAGUCAGAACACAAGAGGAAGAAGCUAGAUGGUCAGGUACAGGAACUACAGGCCAAAGUUGCAGAAGGAGAGAGGCUGAGGACAGAGCUGGCCGAAAAAGCAAACAAACUGCAGAAUGAACUAGACAAUGUUUCAAGUCUCCUGGAAGAAGCAGAGAAAAAAGGCAUAAAAUUUGCCAAAGAUGCUGCAAAUUUAGACUCUCAACUACAAGAUACCCAGGAGCUGUUGCAAGAGGAGACCCGCCAGAAACUGAAUUUGAGUAGCAGGAUUCGGCAGUUGGAAGAAGAGAAGAAUAAUCUGCAAGAGCAGCAGGAAGAAGAGGAAGAAGCCAGAAAGAAUUUGGAGAAGCAUGUGAUAGCUCUGCAGUCUCAGUUAGCUGAUGCCAAAAAGAAGGUUGAUGAUGACCUAGGGACUAUUGAAGGGCUGGAGGAGAGUAAGAAGAAACUGUUGAAGGACAUGGAAAUUCUCAGUCAGCGUUUAGAAGAAAAAGCAAUGGCAUUUGAUAAGUUGGAAAAGACCAAAAACCGUCUUCAGCAAGAGCUGGAUGACUUAAUGGUGGACCUUGAUCAUCAACGCCAAAUCGUUUCCAACCUGGAGAAGAAGCAAAAGAAAUUUGAUCAGAUGCUGGCAGAAGAAAAGAAUAUAUCUGCUCGAUAUGCAGAGGAAAGAGACCGUGCUGAAGCUGAGGCACGAGAAAAAGAGACCAAAGCACUGUCUCUGGCACGAGCCCUGGAAGAAGCUUUAGAGGCUAAGGAAGAGAUUGAAAGACAAAAUAAGCAACUCCGAACAGAAAUGGAAGACCUGAUGAGCUCCAAAGAUGAUGUCGGCAAAAAUGUUCAUGAGUUGGAAAAAUCUAAGCGCACAUUGGAGCAGCAAGUGGAGGAAAUGCGAACUCAGUUAGAAGAACUAGAGGAUGAGUUGCAAGCCACAGAAGAUGCUAAAUUGCGCCUGGAAGUGAACAUGCAAGCCAUGAAAGCACAGUUUGAGAGGGAUCUUCAAGCAAGGGAUGAGCAGAAUGAGGAGAAGAAGAGACUCUUAGUAAAACAAGUAAGACUUUAA